AUGGGGCCUUCCGCCGGCAGUCACCACCGUCGGCGCAGCUCCAUGCUCGCCGGGGCAGGGCGAUCACAAGCGGUCUCCACAGAGCGAAGAGACGAUGGUUUAUGGUCGCAUGCAGAUGGAGGAAAUAAGCGCGAAGAGCAAGAACCUUUAACUGCAGAGGAUGCUGAUGCCUCUGAGAUUUCCGCUACAGAGAGCCUGGAGCUGGAUCCCAUGAGCUCAGAUGAUGACCAAUAUGAUGAAGAAACAGGACUCACAGCAAGCCAAAGACGUCAGCGACGUCGAAGGCGAAGACAACGCCGCAAAUUGGAUGCUCGAAUUGCGGAUGUGAAGGGCCAAGGAAACAUUCGCGAGAUUCUCUCGGAUCGCAAUGUCGUCAAGAAGUUGCUCAUUAAUGGCGGGCUGAUCAUGAUGUGGUAUCUCUUUUCCUUGUCCAUUUCAAUAUAUAACAAGUGGAUGUUCUCCGAGGACGAUGUCGUCUUUCCUUUCCCUCUUUUCACAACGAGCUUGCACAUGGCUGUACAAUUUACUCUCGCCACUAUAAUACUUUGGAUAUUUCCAUCGCUUCGUCCGCGGCAACCGACCGGGUCUGCGACCACGUCUCCCAUCGAUGGCCCUGAAGAGCCACAACCUCUCAUAUCCAAACUCUUCUACUUCACUCGCCUUGUCCCGUGUGGUGCAGCAACCUCGCUUGAUGUUGGCCUUGGAAACAUGUCCCUCAAGUUUAUCUCUCUUACAUUCCUAACCAUGUGCAAAUCAUCCGCUCUGGCCUUUGUUUUGCUAUUCGCGUUCCUUUUCCGCCUUGAAUCGCCCUCCAUGAAAUUGAUCAUAAUCAUCGCCACAAUGACAAUAGGCGUGGUGAUGAUGGUUGCUGGAGAGGCUGCUUUCAACGCGCUUGGUUUCACACUGGUCAUUGCGUCUGCAUUCUUCUCGGGCUUCCGUUGGGGCUUGACACAGAUUCUCUUACUCCGCCACCCGGCUACUUCCAAUCCCUUCUCAACCCUUUUCCUUCUUACUCCAGUCAUGUUCUGUUCUCUUAUUAUCAUUGCGCUCUCCGUGGAGGGCCCCCGCGAAAUCUACCAGGGUUACCUUGCACUUUCCAGCAAGCAUGGUGACCUACUAGGGUCUUUCCUCCUAAUCUUCCCUGGAGUUCUUGCAUUCUGCAUGAUUUCUUCUGAGUUUGCGCUUCUGAAGCGUUCCUCGGUUGUCACAUUGAGUAUCUGCGGCAUAUUCAAGGAGGUAGUGACAAUCAGUGCAGCGGGCAUUAUCUUCCACGAUAAGCUCACAGCGGUCAACUUGACCGGUCUAGUUGUCACGAUCAGCAGUAUCGCAGCAUACAACUAUAUGAAAAUUGCAGGAAUGCAAACCGAGCCUCAGGAAGACGAUUGGAGUCGCGAGUCGAGUCCUAUGACUGACACGGAAGGCGAGGGCGACAGCGGUGGUGAACCGGGAGACUAUAGCCGUGUUGCACAUCAAGACUCGAGCAUCGUCAGCCCCGCACCGGGCGGCCAUUUCAAUGACGAAAUCUUGCCAGCUGGCGACCAACGGCGUUCAUUCCGAGUUCGUGCCAGCGGUGUCAGAGGCGGUCUCUCGGUCUCCACUACCAUCCCAGAAGACGAUGGGCCACCUUCUCUUCUAAAGUCCGCACCACCAACUAUCACAACAAUGGCUGAGGCUGGAUUUCCUCAUCUCCAUGCCCCUGGUCGUGAAGUAUCACCGGGCGUGCAGUCGAGCUCGUCCCUUUCACCUGUUCGGUCCCAAUAUCAUACUUAA